AUGAAAUGUAUAUUUCAAUCAUCAAAUGAUUUACCGAAUACAAAUGAAAUUUCGUUUACAACAACAAAUAAUCAUGAUUUAGCAUCUUGUAUGACAUGGAAAUAUCCGCAAAGAAGAUCAAUACUUAAAUGUCAUAUUCUUCCAUUACCAUUUCAUGAUGAUUUAAAUGGAGUUGUUGUGCCGAAUAGAAUAAAAACGGUGGAAUGUUUAAUGCAAUAUUGGCAUUUUGGUACAAAACAAUUUGUUACUUGGCAAACAGUUGAUUUAUCUGAUGGUCAACCAAUGUUUCUUGAUUUUAGUAAUGAUCUUGGUCAAAAUCCUUAUUCGGAAAUGUGGCGUAUUGUUUUACUUAAUGCUUCAUCUGUUAUUAAUCAAGCAAAUUCUUUAGCUGCAUCAACACGUAUUGAUUCAUUACAAAGUCAACGUUUUGAACCAUCAUUAGAAAUGACAAUUAAAAUAUCAAAUAUUCGUUUACAUUUUAUGAUAGAUCCAACACAGAAAGAAAAUUCUUCUUCAAAUUUUAAAUCAAUUCUUAAUGGAUGUCAACAUGAUGUUGCAACAUUAACUUUAGAUAAUAUAUCAUUUGAUUAUAGUCAACGUCUUGAAACAAGAUUAAUUAGUAUUGAAACAAUUCUAUCACUUGAAACAUUAGAAUAUCGUUUUUUAACAAAACGUUCAUGUAUUGAACCAGCUUUAAUUAAUCUCAAUCUAUUUAUUGAUGCAUCAAAAUCAAGUAUAUUAACACCUUCAUCAGAUAUAUUUGAAUUAAAUAAUGGAAAAUAUAAUCAAUUAUUUCGUUCAGCAAAAUCUUCCGUUGUUAUUCAAUUACAUUUUGAUAUUGAUCAUAUUAAUAUUCGAUUAAGUCAAUCAUUAUGUCAUUUAAUUAAUAUUCUUUAUCAACAAUGGAUUCGAUCAGAUAUGAUCAAAGUUUUAAAAUUACAUAAACUAACACAACGUGCUUUAGCUUUAACUAAAACUGAUGAUUUAUUCUAUUAUACCUAUUAUCUAUUUACAAAUCAUUUAAAUUGUCCUGUUGGUUUGAAACAAUAUAAUACAGCUGAUAAUUUUCUUGUUAUUUCAUCAUCUGAAACAACCGAUUUUGUGUGGUCAAAUUUUCAUCCAAAAGAAAUGUUAAUACAAUUUUCUCUUGAACAUACUUCUGCUGAUCCAUUUCAAUCAUCUCCGAUCGACAUUCAUCAUUCAGAUAAUAAUACGAAACAAAUCGUGCAAUUUGAAAAUAGUCCACAUUUAUUUUAUUUACAUAUUUGUUAUGAUCAACAUCAAAUUCGUCGUCAUAUACAUAUACUUGGAAAAUUAAUAUUUAAAAAUCUUUGUAAUAUUGAUUUAAAUCUUAAAUUAUAUUUAAAUGUUGGUUCAAGACAAAUUGAUUUAUUUCUAUCAAAUAAUCAAACAUAUUUAAGUUGUUUACAAACAAAAGAUGAUAUUGAAUAUAUACAAUGGAAUUCAUCAAAUAAAUAUUCUAUUGAUCAAUUAAAUCAAGAUGGAAUUAUUUCAACAAGUGAACAAUUAUCUUUAUGGGUGCAUUUAUUUGAAUAUGAAAAUUUAACUUGUAUUAUAUUUACACCAAUUGUUAUUUAUCGUUCAUUUUUAACACAAUCAGUUUUAUUAAAUUUAAAUAAAACCAAAUCAUUUGUACUUAAUUCAAAUGGAUACUAUACAUUUUAUUAUGAUUUUAUUUUUGAUAAUUCAAAUAAUACAUAUGAACAUCAUUUACAACAAUUUGAUGCUGAACAAUUAACGGAAUCUAUAUUUCAAUUAAAUAAACAAUCUUAUUUAACAAUAAAUCAAAUAGAAAAUCUACAUACAGAAAAUUUAUCAAUAAUGGAUUUUUUAUUACAAACAAAUAGACCUCAUUCAUCUGAAAUAACAUCAUAUUCUAUUAUUGAUCUUCUUCGACAACAACAUCUAAAAUCAAAACAAACAGAUGAUAAUAUUCCUGUACCAUUAAUUGAACAAACAAAUGAAGCUUUAAAUACAUCAUUGAUACCAACUAUUGGUGCUAAUGGACCAUCUAUGUAUGAACAACAAAUUCCAUAUCAAACAAAGAAAACUAAUAAUUUAAUUAAUCCAACAAAUAUAAUAACAAAUUCAAUUGAUUGUCGUAUUGAACCAAUUCGUCUUUAUUCACAUUUAAAUACAAUUUUAAUUCAAUUAAAACCUUCGACAUUAAUUAAUAAUUUAACUUCAUUUAAUUUUCAUUUAUAUGCAAAUGAUGGUCAUGAUCAUAUAUAUAUUCAUGCGAGUGAAUUAACUUGUCUUUCAAAAUUUGAAUAUAGUCAAAUACAAUUUGUUCUUAUUGAUCCACAUGAUGGUGAACAUAUACAAUGUCAAACAAUUGAUUUACUUUUUCGAAAUAUUACAAUGGCUAAUUCAUCAACUAUGAUUAAUAAUCGUUUAUAUACAAAUGGUUCAAUUGAUUUAUAUUUUAUAAAAUCAUCAAAUAAUGAUUAUUUUAUAUUUCAUGUCAGACAUGAAUAUAUUGAUCAUACACAUAUAUUAACAAUUGAAUCAAAAUAUCGAUUUUUAAAUCAAACAAAUCAAUUAUUAUCAUGUUAUAUUUUACCAAUAUCAAGACAACAAUAUACAAUUGAUUAUCCAUACAAUUCAUUUCGUAUAAAAUCAAAUGAAACUAUACCAUUAUAUCGUUUUCAAGGUAUACCAUCAACAGAUUUAAUGUAUUAUUUAUUAUUUCAUAAUGAAACAAAUGAAAAUCAAUAUAUAUCGAAACCAAUUAAAUUAAUUCCAAUAACAGAUGAAAAUGGAAAUCGACAAUGUUUUUGUUUAUUUCGAAAAGAUGAACAAAUUAAAUCAAAAACAUCAUCUUUUCAAAGUUUAUCAAGUGAAUUAUUUUCUAUAAAUCAAUAUGUAAAGACUCCAACAAGUCAAAUAGAUAUUUCAAUUAAUUCCAAUCCAUCUUGGGCAUUUUUACAAGUUAUCAAUUCUUGUUCAUGUCCAUUAUUAUGUCGAUUAGAAAAUAUUUCAUCUAUGUCACAUAUCAUUCCACCAUUUUCAUCAACAUUUAUUGGAAUUGAUUCACCAGAUUCAACAACAAUAAAUAACACUACUGCUAAUAAUAAUAAUAAUAAUAAUCUACAAAAUUUAAUGAAUGGUUCAAGAUUUUAUUUAGCACAAUUUCUACCAAAUGAUACUCCAAAUCAUAUUUUUCAAUUAAUAACAAAUUAUUUUCAACAAACUACAACGAAAAAUGUUCCAUGGAGUAGACCAAUUAAAAUUGAAUCACAUUUAGAAGAUGUUUUCUUACCAAUACCCGGAUUACAUGAUGUUUUAAUUCGUUCAUUGCCUGCUUCACUCUCAGCUAGCCGAACGUUAAUAAUUGAACCUGUUCAUCGUCAACGUUCAUCAAAAACAACAACAGUAACAAAAUCUAGUAAUCAUGUUAGAACAAAUUCAGCAGCUAAUUCGAAUUAUUCACCAUUACCAGAUGCUACAAUUAUAUCAGAAACAAUGCCACGUCAUUAUCGUUCGACAAUAUUGGAAAAAAGUUCACCAAUAAGUACUCUAAAUGCAACAACUCAAUAUUUAAAAGCUUGGCAACAACGUUAUAAUCAAGGAAAUCAUCGACAAGUUCAAUUAAAUUUUUUAGUUAAUAAAAUAUCUGUUUCAUUAAUGGAUGAAUUAAGUGAUAUAUGUUUAUUUCGUGAAAUUCUUCGUUUAACAAUUGAUAAAGUAAAUUUAUUAUUUUAUCAACGUUUUAUUGAUAUUGAACCGUGUUUACAUCAACAACAAUUUUUUUGUUCAAUUGAUCAAUUACAAAUUGAUAAUCAAUGUUUUAGUUCAAAAACUAAUUAUGAUUUUCCAGUUGUUUUAAUGUCAAAAGAUGAAAAACGUGUUUCAAAAACAAAAACAAAUGUUUAUGAAAAAAAAGAACAAACAGAAUCAAAUACAUCUUUUGGUAAUCAUCAUCGUCAAAAUUCAUCUUCAUCAAUUGAUACAACACUUACAGAAGAUCCAUUACCAGCAUUUGAUUCUUUAUCACACAAUCAUAAAAUAUCUCGAUCAACAUCUGUUAAUAAUAAUAAUGAACCAAAAUUUCUUACCGUACAUUUUCAUCGUAUUAAUGAACGUUUUAUUAAAAUUGAUUUUCAAAUUCAAUCAUUUGAUGUUUAUCUUGAAGAUCAUUAUGUUUAUGCUUUAUUAAAAAUUUUUAGUCAUUUAUUACCACUUGAUUUAAAUUAUCCAAUGUAUAUAAAAGAAAAUAAUCCAAGAAUUGAACUUAUUGAAAAUCAAUUAAUGAGAACACCAUUUGUUUGUGAAUCUUUAUAUAUUGGUCCAAUUGAUAUUGUUAUUAGUGUACAUGCAUCUAUGAAAGUUUAUAUUGGUUGUCAUCAAUUACCAAUGUUUGUUGAUAAAUUUCAAAAAAAUUAUAUCUAUUCAACAAAUAAACAAUUAUUAACAUUGAUAACUAGACAUUAUUUGGUUUCUUUAUUAACACGAUCACCACUUCUCUUAGGAUCAUUUGAUUUAUUAGGUAAUCCAUCGGUAUUCAUUCGUAAUAUAACAGAUGGUAUUUACGAUCUAUUUCAUUUACCUUAUGUUGGCAUGAGUCGUGGUCCAAGUGGAUUUAUGAUUGGUAUAUCUGAAGGUGCUACAAGUUUACUUAAACAUUUUUCACUUGGUACAUUGACAUCAUUAACAACAUUUGCUAAUAGUGUUGCAAGAAAUAUGGAUAGAUUAUCUAUGGAUUCUGAACAUACAACACGUACUGAAGAAACAUGUCGACAUAUACCAACUGGCAUGACAAGUGGACUUUUACAAGGUCUUGAAUUAUUUAGUUUAAGUUUAUUAGGUGCUAUAGCUGGUUUAGCUGAACAACCUUUAGCUUCCUUUCGUAAUCGAGAUGAUUCUCAAGCAGCAACAACAACUGUUUUAUCCGGUGUUGGUAAAGGUCUUGUUGGUAUUGUUGCUAAACCAGUUGGUGGUGUUGCCCAACUUAUUUCUCAAACAGGUCAAGGUAUUCUUUAUGGUACAGGUUUAAUGAAUAUUCCACAUAGACGACAUAGACAAUUAGAACAAGAUGCACGAAUAAAUACAAAUAUAAGUUAUCUUAAACUUUCACAUAAAUGUCAAAUAGGAAAUAAUCAAGAUGAAAUUCUUGAUAUAUUAGAUUAUGUUCUUGAACAUCAUAAUAUUGAACAUGGUAUAUUAAUCUUAACUAAAAAUGGACAUUUAAUUGAUUAUCAUAAAGAUGAUGAAAAUCCACAUAAAGAUUAUUUAUUAAGUGAUACUGAAUUAAGUGAAUCACCUGAUUCAUCUGGUUUAUUAAUAUUUAAUGAUCUAUCAUUUUAUGUUGAUUCACGUCUUCGUCAUCAAUUUCUUGCUCUAUGUCGUCUUAUUCGUCAAUAA